GAAGGGUGGGACGGCUGUGCAGCUUGCAUAGUAUUCACAGGCAAGGAAAGGGAAAUGACAUGCCAGCUUCAGCAUUUCACCUGCAGUAACUGUUUUGGGAGCUGUGUAGGGAUUGCACUGUAGCCUCUGCUGGAAUGUAAAGGGAGGAGGUAGGGGGGUUUCUAUAGAACAGGGUGCCAGAUGGCUGAAGGAAGCUACCCAAACAGUCAGGCUGGUAGUGCCGGUUUCCUUCAGAGAGAUACUGGGGACGGCCUGGAACCCCAGAGCAGUGACAGUCAUGGUGCCAACUUCGGUGCCACAAAUGGAAAUGCAGAUGCAGAAACUGAGGCACAGAGAAGUGAAGUGACUUGCCCAAGGUUACCCGAUAGGCCAGUUGCAGAACUAGGAAAAGAACCCAGCGCAGGUCGUAAUCUGAAGGAGUGGCUGAGGGAGCAGUUCUGUGACCACCCUAUUGAGCACUGUGAGGACACGCGGCUGCAUGAUGCUGCCUACGUGGGGGACCUGCAAACACUCAAGAGCUUGCUGCAAGAGGAGAGCUUCCAAAGUCGAAUCAAUGAGAAGUCUGUGUGGUGCUGUGGUUGGCUGCCUUGCACCCCCCUGCGAAUUGCUGCCACUGCUGGCCAUGGCAAUUGCGUGGACUUCCUCAUCCAGAAAGGGGCUGAGAUCGACCUGGUGGACGUGAAGGGGCAAACCGCCCUGUAUGUGGCCGUUGUGAAUGGGCAUCUGGAAUGUGUAAAAAUCCUGCUGGAGGCUGGUGCAGACCCCAACGGGAGCCGGCACCACCGCAGCACUCCUGUGUACCAUACCUCCCGCGUGGGCCGGGCUGACAUCCUGAGAGAACUGAUCAGGUAUGGAGCUGAGGUGGAUGUUAACCACCAUCUGGCCUCACGGAUGCCCAGCCUGUCCUCGCGCCCCCUCACCUCCCUGGUGGUCUGCCCUUUGUACAUCAGUGCUGCCUAUCACAACCUCGAGUGCUUCAAGCUACUGCUCCAAGCAGGAGCCAACCCUGAUUUUAACUGCUGCGGUCCUGUCAACAUCCAGGGCUUCUCCAGGGGCUCCCCGGUCUGUGUGAUGGAUGCUGUCUUGAGACAUGGCUGUGAUGCAGCGUUCAUCAGCCUCCUGAUUGACUUUGGAGCCAACUUGAACCUAGUGAAGAUGGAGGCCCUGGGUACAGAAUCAACAGGAAGAAUCAAAGUCAACCCAGAUGCCUUGCAAGUGUUCAAAGAAGCCAGGAGCCAUACCAGGAGCUUGUUGUCUCUGUGCCGUGUAGCUGUGAGGAUAAUACUCGGCAAAUCCCGUCUGUGUCUAAUACACUCCCUUCCGGUCCCAGACCCCGUCAAACAAUUUUUACUUUAUGAACAAAGUUAAAUUGUCACCAGCUGUUUCGGGGACAGUUUUCUUUAAAAAUAUGAGUGAUCUGGUAAAAACGUGCCAAUUCGAACCUCAGCCCAAUUAAAUAUCGUACAGCUAUUAGUACAAGUAUGUCUGUAAUGGUUCUACCUCUGUUAUUGCAACUUGUAACUUGCUUCUUGGGUUUUAGCAGCAUUACUAUAUGUUGAAUUUGUACCCACUCAAGCAGUGGACUUUUAACUUCUUGUAAAGUGCAAAAGAGAGCGUCUGAUCUCGUAAGUACAGGGUGCCUAACACAGCACUAUUUCCCAGUUCCUAUGUGCCCCAGCCAUUAUUGCCUGGACUUUCUCCCUUAAGAAGUUUACGAUUGCUACUGUUACAUAGGUCAAGGUGAUGUGUUUAGUUCUACUGUACAUCCUGUUCCAGUGUAAAAUGCAUCAAGUUUCUUGCCUGAUACCAUAUGCUUCUUGAAGAAUUGCAUGUGUAUAUAACUGUUGCAAGGUAGCUGUAGUGUCCCAAGCCAUUCAUUCAGCUUGUGUUGUUUAGCAUUUCCAUUCUCCCAUGAUGGAACAGUAAAAAAACCCAACAGCAUGAAGACCUGGCUUAAGUAACUGCAGAUGCUAUCUGACCCUCCUCCUACCUACAAACAUAUGGGUUAGGGGGGUAGUUGCAGAAAACAGUUCUUCAGUUACAUGACUCUGGGACCGGACCAACUUAUAGCUACCACUGCCAUGGCAUGCAAGAGAAAACACACAGGAGGAAUUGAAAUACAGUUUCUACAUGGAACUGAGAAAGCUAAUCACAAGAUGGCAUGGGCACUGGCAAUGUGCUUACCCUUGGGUUGUAGUUUGAAGGAUGUGCUCAGGCAAUGGACUUCAAUACCAAACUUCCUUCUAAUGAAACAUUAACAACUCUGAAGUCCAUGCAUGGCAUGUCCUGCCUCAUAUCCCUAUUCACUGUAGAACUGGUUUCACUCUUGAAGAAUGCAUGGACAUGAUGGAUUUGUGAGGAACAGUUGUAAAAUUUACAAGUGGAAUGACUACACGACUGGUAGGUAACUCACUGCUUGUAAAUUUAGUGGGGGUUAACCUGAUUAUGAAAAACUCGAAUUCUGUUCCUGCCUAUCUUACUUAGAAAGAUGCUACUCACCAUAACAUAUUAAUGGUAUCCCAAAGGGCAGGCAUUGAGGAGCAGCUAGGAGCAACUUGCAAAGCAUGGUACAGGUGCACAGGCAUAGCUGGGUAGCUCUGGGCCUGGGGCAGCCACAUGAUGCUUUGGGUAGCAUCAGCUGCCAUGGUGCCCAUCUCAGUGGCACCAUCAGCUACUUCUGUGGGUGCAGCUGUUUUGAUGCCCUCCCACAAAGGCAGUACUUAGGGCUGCUCCCCCAGUUGCCCCCUUUAGUUCCAGUACUGUACAUGUUUAUCAAAAUAGCCACUUCCCUGUACCUCACAUAUUGGGUGUUAUAUAGCUAUACAAGAUGCAAAUUAGAUGAUGGACUUUUCGGUAGGUAUCUGGCUUUGGCUAGUGCUACUAACUGGGGAGGAAUGGCAGGAAGUGUGACUGUUUCUUGGAGUGUCUGUGUGACUAAGCUGUUUUUCAUUUUUAUUAAACAGUAACAAUGACCAUGCCUACCCUCCCUUCAUAUCAAGCCAUUAACUAUUAUGUCGUCCCUGCUUCCACACUGUGUAUGAAGCCCAGAAAUACGACAGUGGAGCUGGCUUAGAAUAGCCCUAAACAUGUGCAAGAGAGAAAGUCUGAGGGGACAGUAGCACAUACUCAUGGAUGCCUCAUUUUUGCUUUGUGGUAUGUACUGAGUGGGAGAGAGUGGGUUGGAUUUGCUCCUCAGGGCUGGUCCCAGGCAUGGCCUGGUGGCAAUGGAAGCAACUUUGGAUCCAGUAAGAACCAUGGAACCUCUUCCAGGGCUCCUUUGCUUUCUAUUGCAUAUAUGUAUGUAUGUAUUUGAUUGACGUAGUGCCUGUGAAACCCAACCCCAAACAAGGACCUAUUGAGCCAGGGGCAGUACAAACACAGCAGAACAGUUCCUGCCCCAAGGGUUCCCUUCACUCACCUUGCUCUCCUCUCAAGUUACAAGUGAAGAUAUACUAAAAGAUGGCUGUGUAGACCUUGGCAAGUCUUGCAGUGUCUGGCCACUUUGGUGUGAGAUCUCAUGGCAGCAGAGCUUCAAGGAUUUGCAACCAAGACAGCUAGUCUGUGGUCCUUGUUGUUGCCUUUUGGUUGAGUGAGAUUCUGUGCAGAAAAGCACAGCAUUAAGUUUGCAGUGCCCAAGGAGGUGGUGGUUUUGAACCACCUUUCCAAUCCUGGGUGGUCCCAGCAGCUGGAAAGGCUCCCAGUUGUGUUGUGCCAUGUAGACAUAAUUCUGAAUCCCACCUGCCUUCCCAUGGGCCCAAGUACUGGUCAGAAGCUCCACAUCAUGCAAUCCCAAUAUAUAAAUCCCAAGUUCAAGCUUCCCCCCCAACUCUGCAGUGCCCUUGCCACCAGGGUUUUAGAGGUUUCUAAGAAGGCAGCCUGCCUAGAUUGUAGCAUUAAUUUACUCUGGCUUAAUUUUACUAUGCAGUAAGUGGGAAUAGGUUAGCAUCUACACGUGCAGGCGUUAAAGUGCAUUAAUGCUGUGUUAUUUCACAGUAAGGUGUCUACACAUGCAUUACUGUGCAGUAACUAAUCAGGUGUAAAUUUGAUAUCUGCAUGAUGCAGGUAUCAAAUUUACACUCAAACUGGCAUAAGUCACCAUAUUUAAUGUGCAAUAUGAGUUUGCACGUGUAGACAUGUGCCUGUACUGCACAGUCAUUUUGGUUACUGCACAGUAAAUGCUCAAAUGUAGAUGUGCCCACUGAGACUCCCAUGAUACAGGGUGACAGGAGAAAUGACUCAGGGCUUACUUUCCAGCAUGAAUAUUAGUGAUUCUUGGAGGAAAAAGGAAUUGUUGAAAGACCAUUGGAAUCAGUGGUGAUUUACAUUGCAAAUCUGAUUCUUCUCAGAUUGGCAGCUAGUAUUAAUACUGUAUUACUCUGCAGGAAGAUAUUCCUUUCAUAAGAACACUCCACAGACAGAGCGGGUAUAAUAGACAGGAUCUCUAGCUCAGGUACAGUUGAAAGAACAGAUGAUAUGGGAAGCUUAGGAGACUGGAGUUCUGAAAAACGAUAACAACAGAACUUCUACUUGAUGUUUCCCUUUUAUAAUUUGUUCGGAGAGUUUUGAAUCUUGGCCCAAUCAUGAAUUAGUGCCUUUUGCAAGUGAGCAGGUAUCCUCAGUGAGAUAUGGAGGGCAUGUCUACACAAGAUGUUUACCGUGCAGUUGACUACUUAGCUGCACAGUAAAUGUCUCGACAUCUACACGUGUACCCCUAUUACUCCGGAAUAAAUUAAUUUACUUCACAACAGAAUAGUAAAGCCAAGUACUAUCCUGCUGUGGAGUAAAAAACUCUACAGCAGUGCACAUGUAGACACUGGAGGGGCUGGCUGGGGCACAAGGGUGCUUCAAUAUAGGGGCUACCUGCUGGUUAGCCCCACACUGAAGCUCCCUUGUGCUCCAGCCAGCCCCAUUCACAGCACAUGAAGCUAGGGGGAGAAGCCCCAGGCUAGCAGGCUGAUCCCUGGAUCUCCUGCCAGGCAGGGCUGCUCCAACCUGGCUCCACGUGUUGUGUAUGAAUAAAUUGUGGAGCUUAUUGCUCUGGAGUUAAUUGCUCCCAGGUGCACAUUCAAACAGUGAGCAUGGGAGCAAUAAACUGUGGAGCAAAAAGCUCUGCAGUUUAUUCAUGCGCAGUAAUAGCACAUAUAGAUGUGCCCAGAGAGAACAAAGAUUCAACUGUAAAGUAGAGCAAAAUUAGUAGUCUGAACCAGGGUGAAUUUGACUCGUGACUUCAAAGAUAUGGUAGUUAAUACUAACAGUGAUAAUUGUAUGGCCACAUACAGUAGUUGAAUUUUCGUUUUAAUCAGUACGAUUAAUUCUGUGCCCAGUGUGCCUUGACAGAAUAAUUUAGUGUCCUGGGGUAGCCAGCCACAGCCACAUUCACAGUGGCCGACUUACCAGGGCAGUACUUUACCAUGCAUGAGCUGCUCCACAGAAACUGCCUGCGUAUACGUCUUACCGUGUGGUAAGCAAAAGCUAAACUGUAUUAGCUUAGUCCUCAAUAAAAGAGGAAUAGUAUCCCAUGGCUCAGCUUCCACCUUUCAUGGAUUAAGAACAUACAUGUGCACAGUCGCCCACAGUAGGUGACACAUGGUAAAGCCCUAUCCGUUUAGCCCCACAAUAAGUUGUUUGUAUGUCCAGAUCCUUGUUUCCUUAUUGCUGUCUUAACAGGUCAACACUUGAACAUCAGACCAGUGUGUACUUGAUUUUGAUGGUCUCACAACAGACUUGUGAGUAAUCUGCUUACUUACACCUUUUUAUCCAGAUCUCACAUAUAUGUAUACAAAUGCAGUCCUUCUGAGAAACUACGUUCCAUAUGUCAUAAAAGCAUCAAAUUAUACCCUUUUUACUUUAAAAAGUGCAUGUAUUAUGGAUAUUGUUUUUUGCAAGCACAAGCACCAACAGUAUGGUCAGACUGUCCAAGAUCUUUUUUGAUAAAGGCGCCCUGACCACAAGUUGUUAAAAAAAAAUACAUAUAUUCAUUUUUUAAGCUAAUUCCACCCCAAAAGGCCUCACUUGCCUGUUCUGACAGCUAAAAAGGAAAAUCAGCAUUUUGGGCAAAGAUGUGAGCAAAUCUUACCAGUUUCCUCUUCGGUAGGACAGAUAGUUCACAUGGGUUCUGAUACUCCAAACACAUCGGCACACGUGUUAUCUUUGUGCACAUGUGAAGUUGCAUUUAGAGUUAGGCAUGCAUAAAAGAAAAGAGGUGCUUAGGUGCUUACAGGAUCAAAACUUUAACAUGCAGGAAGCAUUUUGACUUAGAUAUCCAAAGGAGGCGAGCUCCCAUUGCAAGUCAGUGGCUCCCUUGACAAUCCCAUCCUUUAAGACUGUGUGAGCUUCCCUCUUGGAGCAAAAAACAAUUAGGAGUCAUUGGGAGGGCUGGUGUUUGUAAUGCUAAGCACAUGCAUAAGCAUUUGCAGGAUGGGUGCCAAACUGAUUCCUCCUGGAUGUUUGCUGCUAUAAGUGCACAAACCCUGCUCUAGUAUUUAUUUUUAAACCUGUUUUAAUGGAUGUAUUGGAGUGUGUGGCUGAGCCUGCAAUUUUUAGCUUAUAGAGAAACAAUGGCGUCUCAAAAUGAAAAAGUGACAUCCAGUAGUCAUUGACAUCCCUCUGGUUCUAUGCAUGUCAUUGUUCUGUUCACUACUUCUUCGACCUAAGGAACAAAAUCCUUCCAUUGUUUGAGUAAUUUGAAUAUCAGUUAUAUAUUAUACGUAGCGUUACCAUCCAUAUAGCAUUCAUUUUUGCCUUAAUUCACACCCCCUAUUGUCUCCUCUAUGUAAACAUAACUCUCUUCUGCAAAGAUAUUUUUUUCUAGUAUUUCCUUUUUUCCAUGGUGUCUGACAAAUAACAUAAAUAACUCCUAAACACUGUGAUCAGGGAUAUACUGGCAGAUUCAGAAAUCUUUUUGGGUGGUUCUGAAGUGUACAUUGAAUAUAUAGAAGAAUGCAUAUUAUAUAUAGUGCAUGUUGUGUAUUCUCAAUACAAAUUCAGCUUGUAAUAUGGUUGUGAUAUCGGGGAAGUAGUUAAUGCAUCCAGAGACAUUUUGAGUGGUUACAGCAAUUAAAAUAAAUGCAUUUUAUAUUUUUCUUUUUCUUAAUUUUGUUGCCUUAUGAGAAUUUUACUGGCAGUACAUGCUGUGUAUAUGGAGGUGUGUCCAAGAGUGCCUUCUCAACCCUUCCUGAAGACAUUGAAAAUAUUUGUGGUGUGAAAGCAGCUUCAUCAUCAUCUAAGCUGUAUCAGCCAUUUUAAGUCGAUUUCAAGCUCACCUAUUGCAAGUGUAUGUAUACUGGAAGGUAUAUUGAAAGUUGCAUUAUUUAUGCUCUAAUGCAAAGGGGAAUCUUAUGAGAAUGCUUGAAAGGGAUUCUAGACAUUUCUUUUACAGAUACUCUGGAGAUCGAUGCAGUACAGAAACCCAUAUGGAACAGAACAAAAUUCUUUAAUCCUCCAUGAAAUGCCUGUGUAUAUUUAAGAAGUGCUAUUCUGUGGUCUGUUGCUUUUGCCUGAGAUAUAAUUCUGUACUGAGGCAGAUGACAGCUGGUAGCUGACAGAAGAGAUCUAUAGUGGAACUGGGGCCAUUCUAGCUAUUAGCUAUAUUUACCUUUAAAUAAACAUGUUUAAAAGAAAAAGA